CGGGGAGGAUGUGUUGGAGUCGGCGGCGCCGGGAUUCGGGAACUCCGGUCGCGGCAGCGGCCAAGUGCAGGAGCGCGGCCGGGAGAGUGGCUCGAAGUCCGGGUCAAUCUCGACCAUCUGGUUUUGGGCUGCUUCAGCCAUGAAAUACUCGUUUCACAAGCUCGAUGUUGAGUCAACUGGAAGGAUAUGACGGCAAACAGGGAAGUGCUUUUGGUAUCUGAAUACGUCUUGAACAGUACAGUAGGAUUCGUUCAGAGCCUUUCACUUCAUAGGAUCUGUGUACGUGUGCACUGCUAAUAUUCGGGAAUUGAUGCAAUAAAGACGUAUUGACCCAUGGCCCCACAUCCUGUUACUGAAGCCAUCAUAGAUCUGUCAGCUGGAGCAUGUGGUGGGACUGCCUGUGUAUUAAGUGGGCAGCCCUUUGACACAGCUAAGGUGAAGAUGCAGACCUUCCCCAGUAUGUACAGAGGAUUUAUUCACUGCUUCGUCUCCAUCUACAAACAGGUUGGAUUGCGAGGGCUCUAUCAGGGCACCACACCUGCCCUCAUCGCCAACAUCGCAGAAAACGCUGUGCUCUUCAUGAGCUACGGCUUCUGCCAGAAUGUGGUCCGCUUUGUUUCAGGAAUUGACAGAGGCACUGAACUCAGUGAUGUUCAGAAGGCCUGCUCAGGUUCUGUAGCAUCCAUCUUCUCCUCUCUGGCUUUAUGCCCUACUGAACUGGUCAAAUGUCGACUUCAGGCAAUGCAUGAAAUGGAGGCGUCUGGCAAGAUAGCCAGUGGACAGAAAAGUACAGUGUGGUCGGUCGUGAGAAAUGUGCUGCGGACAAACGGUCCAUUGGGUUUCUAUCAGGGUCUCACCACCACUAUAGUUCGUGAAAUUCCCGGAUACUUCUGCUUCUUUGGAGGAUAUGAACUCAGCCGUUCCACGUUUGCUCAUCACAUGGGCAGAGAUAAAGAGCACAUAGGAGUGUUGCCCUUGAUGUUCAGUGGUGGUUUUGGUGGUGCCUGUUUAUGGCUGGUGGUCUAUCCCAUAGACUGUGUGAAGUCUCGCAUUCAGGUCCUGUCUUUAGCAGGGAGACAAGAGGGUUUCCUCAAGACACUAAUGGGGAUUUUACGAAAUGAAGGAGUGGCACCUCUGUAUUCCGGUCUGAUGCCUACGAUGAUCCGAACUUUUCCUGCCAAUGGUGCUCUUUUUCUGGCUUAUGAAGUCAGUCGCAAGAUGAUGAUGCAACAGUUUAAUCAUUAACAAUUCCAUUUUAACAUCAUUGACGACCUUCCAGUUUUAUUUUGAGAUCUUUUUUAAAUGUGAAUCUGUCUAAAAGCUGCUGUUUCUGCCAUAUACUUGAUUUAACUAUGACUUGAAACACUCACCUUUAGACAUUUUGUCUAGACAAUUCUCCCGGAUCUUUAUACUGAUACCCAGUAUUAAUCGCUGCUAAAAAUACCAAAUCAUAAUCGCAGUAUUCAUGUAUAGUAACACAGUCAUGGACCAAUAUCAUUCCACAUAAUAGCCAACCCUACUGAAAAGACCCAGCCUGGUUUUAGCUGAUGUAGCAGGCUGGUUUAAGCUGGUCAGGAUGGGAGAAAAGGCUCUAAACUGGUUGGCCAACGCUAUCUCAGGAGAAUUGAGUUGGUUGGCUAAUUCGUAUUAAUUCAUACGACCACAUUCGUAAGUUUUUGUACGAUUUGCCUUGAACCCUGUGACGCUGGGGUUAGGGGUUUUCAUGAGAAUCGUACGUUUUUGCACAAUUAACUUCGAAUUAAUUCAUACGAAUUAGCCAACUCGUAAAAUAUGUACGAAUUCUCCUGAGAUCAGGCUGGGUUGGCUGGUCUUAGCUGGUUUAAGGUGGAAUUACCUGGUUUAAGCUGGUCCUCCGAGCAUGGCAAAGCUAAUUAGAUGUUCAAACUGGUUUUCCAGCCUGGCCAGCUAAAAAGUGGCCAAAUCCUCUCUAAAACCAGACAGUUUAACCAGCUAAAACCAUGCUGGGAGACCAGCUCAAACCAGUCCACUAGCUUAGGCUAGUUUUAGCAGGUCUUUUCAGUAGGGAAAAAAUGUGAAUUUGCAUGAAUUUAAUAAAUGAAGAGGUUAUGUGGUGUGGCAGUUAAUGUUUUGCAUUCAUACUGAAUAGGGCCAAUGUUUUUAAGUUUAUGUGGUUUUAAAAAAGCUUGUUUAUAUGACAAUGAGCUCAUGGCUGCAUGUGACAUUAAGCCAUCUAAGGACUCAAAAUCUUCCAGGUAUUCUUUAAUCCUUGCUGCCUUUUUUAAUGAGGCUUCACAUCCAACUAAGUUUAACGACUGAAUAACCAUUCAUAUGACAAAUGUUUGAUAACCAAUAUUGUAUUUUACUGUAUUUAAAUGUAGUGUUUAUUACAUUUUAACAGCACUUCAUCUGUUAGUGUUUUGCCAAAUAAAUGAAAAAAUGAAUGUGUAAAAAUGAA